CAUGCCCCCGUGCCCUCGCCCCGGGCCAUGCCUUUUGAGGUUGUGCCUCCAACACUAGGUGGGGGGAGGCAACGGAAGCCGUGCCGCUGUUUCCACCUCUGCUGCCCGGUCAUCGGCAGCGUCCUCGUUGGCAUUUUCUGGCCCUCUGGCCGGUUAGCCCGCUGGAGGGGGCUGGAGAGGAGAGCGUGUGAUUGUUGACUUGGCGUGCCAAAUCAGCGACCGUCGUCCGAUGUGGGAUCCACGUCGGGUUGCGGAUGGAGUGGGCGGUGACUGGAGUUUUUUUCACUGCGGCACAAAAUACUCAGAAGCGGGGCUUCGUUCCCGGACGCGUGCUCGUCCGAUCUGAUGCAUCGGACGGCGGCGCGUCGCGCGAAGUCGGUGAGCUUUCCGGCUCUCGGCCCCCUUUGCGUCGUCGUGUCGGCAAUUGGAACUCCGAGGGAUCCAUUUGCGAGCUGAGCAGGCGAGAGCUCAUGUGCUCGUCUUAUAUUAGAAUGGCGAUCGGUCGAUGGACCCAGAACUUACCUACUCGGGAGAUUCGCUCACCGAGACGAUCAACCAUAAUUCACCUCCACGAUUUGGUGCCCCAAUCGACAGAUCACGACCUUCAUCUGCAUUUCAAAGCUCAACGACUCGUUUUGCCGAAAUGUUGAAAGGCGAGUUUCAUUUCGACGUUGCAGUUAUUGGUGUUGACAUAUAAUACUCGGGCUUUCUGUCUGCAUCUGCUUCUGGAAUCUUUGAGUCAGUUGAGACGCAUAUGGCAAGCACUGAGGAAAAGGUCGCCACCCUGAAGUCGUCCUCCGAAAAAGGCAUCCUCUGGCAAGAAACACUUUUGAAUCUUUGUUGACUGAUAUAUUGUAAUAUUGCUCGAUGUUCAGAAAUAGAUCAGUGCCUCUAAAGACGGAGCAAGUGGUAUGUGGGUUCGAUUGAAACCGAGCACAUGCUCUUCCUUUUAUUACCCACAGUUUACAUUCGGUAUUAGUUCUAUCACUGUUUGCAUAAACCAUUGUCAUUUUACUACAUUUGUGAAUGAUACAAAGUGUAGAACAUCCCAUGUUACGUACUUCGUAUACAAAAAGAGUAAUACUUGGGACUAUUUUUAAUGGGUUGAAGAUAUUGAUUGUUUCAUUUCGCAGAUGUUUGCUACGGGCAGUUUACCCAUCUCACAAUACAGUUCUCGUUCUUUCUCAUACACCUGAUGAAGUAACAAUAUUUUUCGUUCCUCACAAACCACAAUUUCUCUCUCUUAACUUAUUCCGUCUCGAAGAAGAAUAAUUUUGGACUCCAUGCAUGCUGUGCACCACAGUACAGUACUCUAUCCUCGGAGUCUAACUGCUGAAUAGAAUUCCCCGUGUUAACAGUUACAGAAGUCCUUGAAAUGAAUCGAGGACAAACCCGAGAGGUUGAUUGCGGUUUGUUGGAAGAACGACGGAAAGCUGCAGGUUCAUUGAAGUCCAUGGACGCUAUAUCCUUCUAUCAUAUGAGCUGAGGAGACAGGUUUCUCGAAUUAAUUUGAUGCUUCUUGCGACAUAUUAUUGUUCCGGGUCUAAAUUUCGAAGCUUUUGAUGGGGAUCGGGGCACGGGCUAAUCAGAACGAGGAAAGUAUGCGUUGACUCCUGUAUCAAGGUUCAAGAUGGUAAUGAGAUCCUUCACCGCACGCAUCUGAUGUUGACAUGACGAUUUACCGUGUUUUUUCCCCAUUAUCGUCGCUUCAACUGUCGUAUUCCUGCUGUCUUUACCUCACGUCAGGUAAAAUAAACUACCUUAUAAAACAGAGGUAGGAAAACAGUGAUGUGGUAGAUUUUAGUUCAGUUCGAUUUUAAGGAUGACGCCUGAUUUUAAGGUUUUGUUUCUUUCGACACGGGACAGUUGAGUAUAAGUCCCAUCGACAACCAUGGUUUCUGGACGAUGUGCCACAUGGCAAGAGCAUAGGGAGCUCGCCCCGGCAGCAAGUGACAUCCAUAGGCAAACAAAGUGUCUUGAUGUCAACUUCACAUUAAUGUUCGUGCGUUGGCUUCAGGAGAGCAGAAGGAAAGGAAAGGAAAGGAAGGAGCGAGGUGGGUCAUCAAGAUGAGGAGAGGUAGGCAGCAUACACCUCCAUGCUGCACCAUCUUACUCGGCCGCCAAGCGAGUGCUCAGUCACCCGCCACCUCCUUGCAUCUUCAAACAAGAAACAAGCAUAGUCGAUCAUUGCGAAAACAUGAGCGGAUAUUGCUACCAGAUGUGGGACAACAAGAAGACGAUGAGCUCCUCUCAACAUUGCACAUUAAUCACAUGCUUACUUUAGAAUCAGAUAUAUAGUUUAAAAGUGCAGAUGAGAAGGUAUGAUCAUGACGGCGAGAACAAAGUAGUUACAUUUGUAGUGCACAUGUUGUCCAUUUGAUCGAGUUCGAGGCCAGUUUAAACGUGGGGGUUGUUUUAUCUUGCAUAGACAUGGACCUUGAUCAAACUUCUGAGUUCGUCACAUGCACGAUGAAUGUAACUUUAUAGAUAUGACCAAGUCUAAUUUUUGCGAGGACAUGUUUGACAUAGGUUAUAAAUGCUGGAUAAAAUCACCAGCACGGAGGCUAAACUAGUAUAUGUUUGUUAUAUUUCAGACCAGUGCCUAAGAAUCUUGCUGUGUGAGGUACUGCAACCAUCUCCCAGAACUACUUCACCAACAAUUAAGAAUGAUAGUAAGUCACGAGCAAGAUUUUGUAGGUCCACCUAGAUGGGUGAUUAGCACCGACAUCGAACCUCACAGGCGAGCGCACUUUUGCAAUGCUUAGCGGUGCAAGCCUUGGUAGAUAUAUCUGCCCAUAUCACACGAUCACUCUGAUACGGGGAAAAAUAAAGGUAUACGGCAUUUGAUGUAAUAAAGAUUCCAUAACAUUCAG